AUGGAGAUAUCAAGCUUAAAGAUGAUNACACACACACACAAAGAUAUCAUAAGAGAAUUAGGAAUAUCUCUGUUUGAUGAAAAGGCGCAGGAAGACGCAGAGCUACCAAAGAUCAAAAAGGCGUGCGAGAAAUGCCAGCACCCAAAGCUUGUAUACACAACCAGACAGACGAGAUCAGCGGAUGAAGGACAGAAAACAUACUACACUUGCCCCAAUUGUAGUCAUAGAUUCACAAAAGGUUGAGGUUAUAAUCAUCU